AGAGAGAGAGAGAGAGAGAGGAGAGGAGAGAGAGAGGAGAGGAGAGAGGGGAGAGAGAGAGAGUGAGCGGGAGGGGGAAACUGUGUGCAAGAAAGAAAAGUUUAAAAUUGAAGAAGAAAUGGAAAUGAGAAAGGGGAAAAAUAUGGGGGAAGAGAAUGGAGACAUGGAUUGGUGGGUGUCGCAGCCCAAGAUUGAGCUUCAUGCUCACCUCAAUGGCUCCAUCAGAAACUCCACACUGCUUGAACUUGCAAGAGGCUUAGGUCAAAAGAUGAAUGCUGUAUCUGCUGAUAUCGAACAUGUGAUCAUGAAGGGUGAUCGCUCUCUGCCAGAGUGCUUCAGAAUGUUUGAUUUGAUCCACAUAUGUACAACUGAUCAUGGUACUGUCACUAGGAUCACCAAAGAAGUGGUCGAAGAUUUUGCUGCUGAGAAUACAGUGUAUUUGGAGUUGCGGACUACUCCAAAGAAGAAUGAGACUAUCGGUAUGACUAAACGCUCUUAUAUGGAAGCAGUCAUAGAUGGCUUGAAGGCUGUAGAGGCAGUCGAAGUUCUAUUUAUUCCUUCAGAUGAAAGGACUGAGAGCUCUAAAGAGUCCCCACUUAUGAAUGACUCAUCCAAAACAAAAAAAGGAAACCAAAUAUAUGUUCGGCUGCUUCUAAGCAUUGACCGCCGUGAGAGUACAGAUGGUGCAAUGGAAACAGCUCAGCUGGCACUGGAAAUGAGGAAGCUUGGGGUUGUUGGCAUUGACCUUUCAGGAAAUCCUGUUGUUGGAAAUUGGUUGACGUUCUUGCCAGCAUUGAAUUGGGCUAGGGAACAGGGCCUUUCAGUAACUCUUCAUUGUGGGGAGGUGCCUAACCCAGAGGAGGUCGAGGCAAUGCUGGAAUUUCAUCCACAAAGGAUAGGUCAUGCUUGUUUUCUCAAUGAGAAACACUGGAAAGUGUUGAAGUCAUCCAAUAUUCCUGUGGAGAUUUGCUUGACAUCAAAUGUCAGGACAGAUAGUGUUUCAUCUAUAGAUUAUCAUCACUUUGAUUUUUUUACAGCUAAAGUGGUAUGGGAUGCUGGUCAAAUCUCUCCUUCUCAAUUGUCUGAAGUGCAAAUAUUUAUGUACGUUUAUAACUAGCUUCAACAAUACAAGUAGGGCUUCUUGUUAAUUGGUGUCAACAACUUUAUGGAUUUGUGAUCAACUUGUGGUGUGGACCUAUUUACUGAGCAGCUUUUUGGCUAUAUGAGAAAGCAUGAGAUAUUUGUGAUGUGUAUAGUAUACAUGUAGAAGCUGCAACCCCCACCUCACCCCAUCCAUUCCCCCCCCCAUAUGUACUCUAUAUUCUCUGACACAUGGUGGUGCCUCCAGUGGUUACUGUACACUAGUGUUUUAAAAAUUGCCAAUCUGGAUUGGUUCUGUAGGGAACAGACCCGGUUCCUUCACAUAGUGGGGAGACAGCCUAAAUCUCUGGUGUUUUAAAAAUUGCCAAUCUGGAUUGGUUCUGUAGGGAACUGACCUGGUUCCUUCUCAUAAUGGGUAAACAGCCUAAAUCAGUGUGGGAGACCUGGGCAAUUCUGUCAGUAGAAUAGGCUAAUCCUAUUCAGAGGACAGGUUGAUUACCACUCAAUCUAAUUUUGUAUAAUAUUUUAUUUUGAAUAAUCAUUUUUCUUGACCCCGGAAAAUCGGUUAUCCAGAUCAAAAUUACUGAUCUAGAUUGGUAUUAGUGGAGGGCUGACAGUGCGUGUAUCUUUACACUUUUGGCAUUUUAUGCAGAAAUAAACAAUGUAACUGAAUGUAAAAUCAUUAAAUGACACCAGACUGUGUAGGCUAAAUUAGACUUUCCUAUGUUUUCCUGGCUUUUUAACUUAUGUGGGGGUAUUGUAAGAAUUUGUCUGUCACACUACAUUUAUUUCCCUGAAUACCUGUUUCACAAAUCCAUACAAUGCAUGUUGAAUUGGAUGCGUAGUUGUUGUUCACAGUUCUGGUGUGUGAAGCCAUGAAGGCUAUUUUCAAUGUAGUUUCAUGUACAAAGGAAAUAAACAGAUAUAUUAGCAGAGGAAUCAUGUCAACAAUGCUACUCUUUUGUCAAGUAUUUCUAAUUUAUGAUAUGUAUUGUGUAGUUGAUCUCUACCAUGCAAAACAUCCAUUGGUCCUAUGCACUGAUGAUCCGGGGGUAUUUUCGACUAGUCUUUCUCGAGAGUACAAGAUUGCAG